AUGGCUCGUUCCAAUCAUAUCGAAAACCGUGGCCAGAGAGUUACUCCUAAUCAAUUACAAUGCGCGGAAAUUCAGCAUAACUAUACAUCUUCGGAAUAUCGAACUCAAUUCUACAACGGAUUCAUGAACAAUCAAGAUGAGAUUUGUUUUACUAAUGUUACUGACCAAUGUGUUCUCAAUAACAUCCUUCCAGCCGACGCAAAUGCGUUCACAAAUGUCAGCUGUAACCAAGGAAGUAUUUCAGAGUACUAUGUACAGGUUGAGGAGGUUUCUGACGUUGUGGCCGCUCUUGAAUUCUCUAAGAAGACCGGAAUAAGAUUGUCCAUAAAGAAUAGUGGGCAUGAUUAUCUCAGUCGUAGUAGUCGCAAGGGAUCUUUGGCUCUUUGGAUGAGAAAAGUAUCAGGGAUGAGUCAUGAAACAUCUUUUGUACCUAAAGAUUGUGAUUCUACUCCAGUCAAUGCCAUCACGACAGCGGCAGGAGUAAACACAAAUGACGUUUAUGAGUUUGCAGAAACCCAGAACGUCACAUUCAUCGGAGGUUAUGCAACAACAAUUGGCGUAGCCGGAGGCUGGGUACAAGCAGGUGGUCACUCCGUUCUCUCACCGGUUUAUGGACUAGGAAUUGACCGAGUCGUUCAAUACAAGAUCGUUACUACCGAUGGUGUCCUAAGAAUCGCCAACGAAUGCAAAAACUCGGAUCUUUUCUGGGCCUUGAGAGGUGGUGGUGGUGGAACUUUUGGGAUCGUAAUGGAAGCUACCCAUCGCGUUGAGCCAAGAAUUCAGCUGGCUGUAGCGGCCAUCUCGUAUAAUCGUACAUCAUCUAAUGUUCUGGAAUGGCUAUCUAUCAUAGUUAAUAAUUCUUUACCAUGGGCGAACCAAGGCUGGGGUGGACAUUAUCAAGCUGCCAAUUUGAUAAGUGUGUCACCACUUCUCAGUCUUUCCGAAGCAGUCGAAUCAAUGGCUCCAGCCAUGAAAUUUGCGACGGAGAACGGUGGAACUGUAGUUAUUGAAAUGCUUUCUUCCUGGUAUGAGUUUUAUACGAAAUAUGUGACACCCAAUGAGGCCGUUGUUGGCGGUCUUCACCCACUCGCUCCUCGACUUAUACCGGCAUCUAUAUUCAAUAGCACAGAGGGCAGAUCGAAGUUGAUGGGUUUUCUAGAACGUCUGAUUUCUCUUGGGUACUCGCCCUACAUUCCCAACACUACGCCAUGGCUCUAUCAGUGGGAUCCUGCAUCGACAUCCUCUACGCCAGCAUGGCGGGAUUCUAUUUGGGAACUUUCAUAUGGUGGAGCAUGGAUAUUUAACGAAACUUUGGAGCAACGAACAUUCCAAAUUGAUCUGGUUAAUAAUCUGACCGCAAUGGUAGAGGAAUUCACACCGACAGGAGGCGCAUAUUUUAACGAAGCUCAUCCAUGGACCAGCGAUUGGAGAGAAGCUUGGUGGGGCCUUAAAAACUAUGAGAGAUUGGUUGAGAUCAAGAAGAAAUACGAUCCUGACAAUUUGUUGACUUGUUGGAAAUGCGUGGGAUUUGAUGAGGAGAACGCAGCAAAAGAUUUCCCUUGUUUGGAUAUAUGA